GGCUACACGUGAACGGAUCUAUGAUUGGCUGAUACAAUCCUGGCCCUCUCUACUAUUACUCGGUACUUAUGGAUUCAUUGUGUCGAUAUGCUUGGAGUCAUCAAUUGCAUCUGCAAACAAUUUCAUGACUCUACUGAGACUGAGACUGAUACUCAAGAUAUCGAAUACUUUUCGAGGAAUCGUAACAGCCCUACUCGAAAUCUCGAAGAACUCCAACGGAUAAACAUACGCAAAAAAUGGAUCCAGAGCCAGCAACACCUCUUUUCGAAGCAAGCUUUCGCAGUACAACUCCACCGGCACUUUCUGGACAUCCUCCUGCUCUAAAGAAAAUGGCUUCCAUAGGGAACAUUCCUCAAAAGAAGGAUGCAAAACAAUUCGAUAUAGUAGAAACCUACCAUCGACUCCUCAAAGAUGAUCCCGACGUUACUAUGCCCGUCGCUGCAAUCGAAGCACUGAUUGAGCUUCUGGCCUGCUCUCGCGCAGUCACCGUUUACGAAACUCUCGAUUUAGUCAAAACCCAGUCCGAUUAUUUGAAGUCUCGCAUUCCCAAUUCCAUAUCAUUGUCUGCCGGCACGGAUUUAUUUCAACGAUAUAUGAUACAAUCUCUAAAACCUUCAAGUACCGGAAACUUUGAAACAGUGCGACAGCAUCUUUUGAGCAAUGGAAGAUUGUUUGUUACCAGAGCAAAGCAGGCUAGAUAUAGUAUUGCUAGCUAUGGACGAAACUUUGUCAGAGAUGGAAGUGUGGUUUUGACUCAUGGAGGAAGUAGAGUUGUGGGAGCGCUAUUAGAUAAAGCGGCGGAGUCGAGAGCUACUGGUGGGAAUGUUAGAUUUAACGUCAUUUAUGUCAUGAAUGAUGCUAGGAACGCAGAGAGCAAAGCGGUUGUUACAUCAUUAAGGGCUAAAGGUGUACCAGUUGCUACGAUAUCAGAAGGUGCUGUUGGAUAUGCUAUGGGCAAAGUCGAUUUAGUUAUAGUCGGCGCAGAAGGUGUGGUGGAAAAUGGAGGAGUCAUUUCGAGAUUGGGAACAUAUCAAAUCGCGCAAUUGGCGAAAGCGGCAGGAAAACCAUUCUAUGUCGCUGCAGAAAGUCAUAAGUUUGUGCGAUUAUAUCCUUUGGGACAAUAUGAUCUUGGUAUUGAUCAAGAGAUCAUUGAUUUCCGUACCGAGGAUGAUGAAGGAGAUAAAACCCCGAAAAUUGAGGAGAAGUCGGAAUAUUUCGAGCCAAGCAAGACUGAUAUAUCAAAACCAGAUGCUGUUGAUGCGGUAGACUUUACACCUCCAGCUCUGAUAUCCGCACUUAUCACCGAAUCGGGGGCUUUGACCCCAAGUGCUGUUAGUGAGGAACUUAUUAGUUUAUGGUAUUGAGUUGUGAUUCUGUAUAAAUGGAGGAACUAUGCAAUCUAGCAAGCUCAUUUCGCACAACCGAUAAUUUCACGGCGUUAGGAGUACAAAACAGCUUUAGCGAGACCGAAUAAUCUAAGGAUGAUCAAUGAAGAUAAUACCCAUGAACGGCUUCUAAAUUUGGUCAGAUUAUAUUUGGAAAUGUUGUACAAUAUAGCAGAGGGGUUGGACAAGAGUUGAGACUGAAGCUGAAGGAAUACCUAGCAUUCAAAAGGAUAUGCGUGAAUUCUAUCUGGGACGAUGUCGAAGAUUGAUAUAUAUCUCUGAAUGGGUAACUGAAAAGUCUAAAUGGUAGAGAAAUAAAUGAUAAAUAUGCUCAAUAAUGGCUCCUUCCA